AUGAACCACACAACUAUGAGGUCCAAUACAUGUGGUCCUCAUAGCUAUAGAUCCAAGUAUGAGGCCAGGAAGACCCAAUAUCCUUAUAAGCGGUUUUCAUGCUGGAAAAGAAAUUGUACAAAGCUGAGUAUAAGCAAGAAAACAAGUGUUCUCGCCCUGGGCUGUCUGCCGCACCUGCGUCUCCGCUUCACAUUAACACCUGUUGAAGGAUCUUUUACAUACACAGCUAACAGCCACUCCAACCCACAAGCCACUCCACCUUGCCACUCCACCUUCAGCCACUCCAACUUCCAGCCCAUCACCUUCAGCCACUCGCACCUUGACUCCACCCACAGCCACUCCACCUUCAGGCACUUCAGCCACCCACCUUCAGCCACUUCAACUCAGCCACUCAGCCACUUCAUCCACAAGCCACUGACCACACUCAGCCCACAGCCCACUUCAUGCCACAGCCACUCCACACAGCACACUUCAUCCACAGCCACUUCCACCCACAGCCACUCCUACCUUCGUCACUCCACCUCUCAGCCACUCCACCUUCAGCCACUCCACCUUCAGCCACUCCACCCUCAGCCACUCCAACCUUCGGCUCCACUCCACCCACAGCCACUCAUCUUCAGCCACUCCACCCACAGCCACUCCACCUUCAGCCAACUCCAACAGCCACUCCACCUUUCAGCUCAGCACUCCACCCACAGCCACUCCACCUUCAGCCACUCCACCACAGCCACUCCACCUUCAGCCACCUCCACCCACAGCCAUCACCUUCAGCACUCCACCUUCAAGCCACCUUCACCACACCUUCGCCACUCCACCCACAGCCACUCCACUCAUAGCCACUCCACCUACAGCCACUGCCACCACACCGCACUCAACCACUUCCAUCCCACAGCCACUCCACCUUCAGCCACUUCACCACUCCACUGCACAUGCUCUGCAGCCGUGCUUCUCCAAUCUCCAACGCACACCACUCCACUGCGGCACAUUACUCCACCUAUAACCACUGCAAUUCCCCUACAGCCACGCCACUCCACUGCAGCCAUGCUACUCCAUUUACAACCACUCACGCCCUCUGCAAUUACUUACAGCCAUGCUACUCCACCUACACUAUCCACCCACGCCACUCCACAAUCUUCAUCCACACCACUCCACUGCGAUAUCGGGGUCCACCUAAAACCACACCGGUCCAUCGCAAAGUCACUCCACUCCAAAAGUCACGUCACUCAGAGCCACGUCACUCCACCGAAUGUCACGUCGUUCCACUGUCGUUUCAUUCCACUCCACCUCGCCAUGUUAUCAUCAUGCCACUCCGCUGCAAGCCAGUCCACUUCCAAGCUCUCCACCACCACUCCACCGCCAAGCCAGUCGACUUCCACGUCAUUCACCGCCAGCCAAUCCACUUCCACGCCCCUCCACCGCCAGCCGGGGCCACUUUCACCCCUCACACCCACUCCCUCCCCACAGCCACAUCGCACUUCCACUUUCCCUCCACCGCCAGCCAAUCCACUUCCACGCCCCUCCUCGCACCCUCCAACGCCCAGCCCCAAUCCACUUCCACUUCCCUCACCGCCGCCUCAAUCCACUUCCACUUCUCCGGGCCAAGGCUGGCCGCCGCCUCUGUCCCUCGGCGCUGUGUUGACAAGGCUCGAGUCCACGACCUCGUUCCUUCUGAGAUUUCGUUAA